AUGUCCGAGAUCACUCACUCCACUAUCAAGGAUGGCUGGUUCUCCGAGCAGUCGGAUAUGUGGCCCGGCCAGGCCAUGAACCUCAAGGUCAACCAGAUCCUGCACCACGAGAAGUCCAAGUACCAGGAUGUCCUUGUCUUCGAGAGCACCGACUACGGCACCGUCCUCGUUCUGGACAAUGUCAUCCAGUGCACCGAGCGGGAUGAGUUCUCGUACCAGGAGAUGAUCACUCACCUGGCCAUGAACUCCCACCCCAACCCCAAGAAGGUUCUGGUCAUCGGUGGUGGAGAUGGUGGUGUCCUCCGUGAGGUUGUCAAGCACGAGUCCGUCGAGGAGGCCAUCCUGUGCGACAUUGAUGAGGCUGUCAUCCGUGUCUCCAAGAAGUAUCUCCCCGGCAUGAGCAUCGGCUUCCAGCACCCCAACGUCAAGGUCCACAUCGGCGACGGUUUCCAGUUCCUCAAGGAGCGCAAGAACGAGUUCGACGUCAUCAUCACCGACAGCUCUGACCCCGAGGGUCCCGCCGAGAGCCUCUUCCAGAAGCCCUACUUUGAGCUCCUGCGCGAUGCUCUCCGUGACGGAGGUGUCAUCACCACACAAGGUUCCGAGAACCAAUGGCUGCAUCUGUCUCUCAUCACCGACCUCAAGAAGGCCUGCAAGGAGGUCUUCCCCGUCGCCGAAUACGCCUACACCACAAUCCCCACCUACCCCUCCGGCCAGAUCGGCUUCAUGGUCUGCUGCAAGGAUGCCAACCGCAACGUCCGCGAGCCCGUCCGCUCCUGGUCCCGCGAGGAGGAGGAGCGUCUCUGCCGCUACUACAACCAGGACAUUCACCGGGCCAGCUUCGUUCUGCCCAACUUUGCCCGCAAGGCUCUGGAUGCGUGA